GGCCGCCGGUUAGUGACGCCUUGCCGGCUGGCGGCGUCGGGAGGGGGCAGAGCUGAUGCUGGGCUCGAGAGCCCGCUUUGUGCGUGGCCCCGGCGGAGCUGGGCUGGGCUGCCGUUCCCCGUCUGCAGCCCCUCCGUGCAGAGCGACGUCUCUGAUAGUGCAUGGGGUUUUAAUUUAAAGGCAGGCCGUGGGCAGCUUGGAAGGCUGGGGGAAGAAAGCUGGUACAGAGGAAGGCCGUGCGGUUCGGGUUUUCUGGGGCAGCAGCUCUGUGGCUCCUGCCCCGUCCGAUGGUGGCUCGGAGGGCCGCGGGUGGCGGAUGGAGACUUCGGGGCACCGAGCGAGCCAUGGCACUGCCGGCACUGCCCCGUGGUGCCGACCACACCGGCAGCUCCGACUUGUGUCGCUCUGCUGUGAUGAGUGGCUGCAAAUGUGGAGAGGAGAAGCGGUCUGGGAAGGGAACAGGGUGAAUGAUCUUCACAGAACAGGCGCUGGGUCGGAGCGCAACGUGCUGCUGUCGGCUCCCUGCGGAACGCGCUGCGUUUCGGCUGCCGCCCCGCGAUGUGCGAGGCGGGGCUGCUGGCACCGGAGCCCCGCGAGGCGGCGCGGCGCUACGGCGAGUCGUCGGACACCUGCUGCCGUAUGGACCGCUGGCAAAGGCUGCGCACCGCCGUCCGGAGGCUGGAGUUCUGGGAAAGCUUCAGCGCCGAGCUGGUCGGGAGCGGCUUCUUCUCCAAGGUGUACAAGGUGACCCAGGCUGCUGCUGCUUGUAAAGUGAUGGUGGUGAAGAUCUACAAGAAUGAUGUGGACCAGGAGGUGAUAGUGCGUGAGAUCAGCCUGCUGCAGAAGCUCUCCCACCCCAACAUCGUCAGGUACCUUGGGAUAUGCGUAAAGGAUGACAAGCUGUACCCCAUUCUGGAGUAUGUGAAUGGGGGCUGCCUGGAGGAGCUCCUGGCCAGCAAAGACGUUGCUUUGUCAUGGAAGGAGAAGGUGGACUUAGCUUCUGACAUCACCAGGGGCAUGAUCUACCUGCACUCCAAGAACAUCUACCACCGAGAUCUCAACUCCAAGAACUGCCUCAUCCGAGUGACACCGCGUGGCCGCGAGGCGCUGGUGGCAGACUUUGGGCUGGCCAGAGAAGUGGUGGAGCUGCCUGUGCAAUAUGCAGAGAGGAAGCUGUCCCUGGUGGGCUCUGCCUUCUGGAUGGCUCCUGAGAUGCUGCGGGGAGAGCCCUACGACAGGAAGGUGGAUGUGUUUUCCUUUGGCAUUGUGCUCUGUGAAAUCCUGGGCAGGAUCCCAGCAGAUCCCGAAGUACUUCCCAGAACUCAGGACUAUGGCCUGGAUGUCGCUGCUUUCUGCAGGAUGGUCAGCGGAUGCCCUCGGCGGGUGCUGGACCUUGCUGCCUGUUGCUGUCGGGUGGAAGCAUUCAAGAGGCCGUAUUUCUCCGAUAUCUUGGAUGAGUUGGAAGAUGUUGCAGAGAGCCUGGAGCCCAGGAAGGACAAUCCACUUUUGAGCUGAGCUGUGGGCCCCCUGCAAAGCCCGAUGGAUGGACUGUAAAUGGAGGGUCAGAAGUGAAGAAAGAGGGUGGAGAACGGAAGAACUAAGUGACCCACUGGUAUUUAUUUAAUCAUAGUCUCAGUCUCUAAUUUCUGAGAUUGAAAAAUGGAGAGGAGACUUAACCAAGGUCUUAUCUGAGGUUUUUAACAGAUGUAAUUCAGACAGCAAACAGCCUUUGUUGGCUUGUUAAAAGUAAAUGAUCCUGGAUGGCAAGUCAGGGACCUGGAUUCCCUUAGAGGAUGCUUUCCAAAUCCUCUACAGAAGUGCAGCCCUCUCUUGCUUCCCUGCGCUCCCUGGGCUCAUAGCCUUCUCCUUCCAUGUCUCCUCUGUGCUUGGGGAACCUCUGUGGGGGCUGGAAUCCCUGUGGAGCAAAGCUGGGGGCUUUGAGGCUCACAGAGAGCCUCAGAGUUGCUGUACGCUGCAAAGCCUUAAAACCCUCCUUGGGUGGCCCCACAGGGAUGGCUGCAUUGUGUAGAGAUGCUGGUGGGGCACACCAGCAUUCAGUGAGGUUCUGGGGAGCAGUGUGGAA